CUUUGUCCGACGCGGGGUAUGACGUCAUGCUGGGAAACCUGCGAGGAUCCGCCUACGCGUCGGGCCACGGGCUAUCGUCGCGCAGCCAGCAGCAGAAAUGGCGCUUCAACCUGGACGACAUGGGCGAGUACGACGUGGAGGCGCUGCUGGCGCUGACGCAGCGCGUCACGGGCGACGCGCGGCCCUUCUACCUGGGCUACAGCUCGGGCGGGGGCGCGCUCUACACGUGGCUGCAGCGCCGGCCACGUGCACACCACGUGCUCAGAGGCGCACUGCUCUGGACGCCCUCCCUCUUCUACACCGAGCCGCACAGCACCAUCCUCAAGAUUUACAAUCUCCUUCCUGAGGCCAUCGUGAGGGCGCUGUGGCAGGUACCAGGGGACAUUCUGCCCCGAUCUCGCGCCACUGCUGACGUUGCAUGGCGAAUGUGCAGAUCUGGAUCACCCCUGAGGAAUUUCUGCGAGGCACUGUUUCAGCUCGGUGCUAACAUAAAUCUGGAUUCAACUGACAUGAGCGCCUGCAGGCGUUCGACUUUGGCCCGGAGGAGAACCUCAGGAAGUACGGCAGCGAGCAGCCGCCGGCCUACCACGUCAUCAACUCGACACUGCCCACCGCCUUCUUCCUCGGGACGCGCGACCGGCUGGUCUCCUUUGAGGAAGGUAUGCGGCAGAUUCGAAUGAUUCCAAGCAACAUCAAGAAGAUGGUGGUACCGCUAGAGUGCUACGGCCAUUUCCACGUCC